UGGAAGAUCAGAGAGCUUGCGUCAUGGUGCUCCUGGUGCUGCCGGGGUGAGUCUAGGAAGACAGAGUGGAAAAGCUGAAGUCCAGACAGUUCUUACUGAGGAGGAGGAAGAGCACGCUGGUCAUUUAACUGGAGAUCCUGAAGAUAAUUCUACACCUGAGAAUGUGUUCCCAGAGGAGCCAGGCGGCUACUUCAACAGUGCAGGGCAUCCUAUUCCUCUACCUCCCCACAAAAAUAUGUUUGGAGAUCCUGAAGAUAAAUCUCUACCUGGGAAUGUGUUCCCAGAAGAUCCAGGCAGCUACUUCUCUAAUGAAGAGGGUCCUAUUCCUCCAUAUCCCCCAGCGAAUAUGCCUGGAGAUCCUCAAGAUAAUUCUCUACCUGGGAAUGUGUUCCUAGAGGAUCCAGGCAGCUAUUUCAUUAAUGGAUUGGGGCCUAUUCCUCCACCUCUCCCAGAAAAUAUAUCUGGUGAUCUUGAAGCUAAUUCUCCACCUGGCAGUGUGUUCCCAGAGGAUCCAGUCAACUACUUCAUUGAUGGAGGGGGGCCUAUAUUUGUCCACCUCCAACCUCAAAUAUGCCUGGAGAGCCUGAAGUUAAUUCCCCACCUGGCAAUGUGUUCCCAGAGCAUCCAGGUGGCUGCUUCAUUAGUGGAAGUUGUCUUAUUCCUCCACCUCUUGGAGGUGAUAUGGAUGGAGAUGCUGAAGGUAAUUCUCCACCCGGGAGUGUGUUCCCAGAGGAUCCAGGCAGCUACUUUAUUAGUGCAGGGCAUGCUAUUCCUCCUACUCCUCAAGGAAGCACGUGUGGGUCUCCUGAAAAUAAGUUGCCAUCAGAGGCUGUGUCCCCAAAUUCUCCGGAGAUCCAUCCCAGGAGAAGGGGGCCUCCUUCUCUUCUUGCUCCAUCAGGAACCAUAGCCAGAGCUCCUCAAUCUUCUUUACCAUCAGAAGCUGUAUUCCCAAAGUCUCUGUGGAACCAGUUUCUAAGAAGGUGGUCUCCGUUUCUUCUUCCUCCACCAGGAACCAUGGCUGGAGCUCCUCAACAUCUUUACCAUCAGGGGAUGUAGUCACCAAGUCUCUGUGGAGCCAGUUCUUAAGAAGGGAGCCUCCUUUUCUUCUUCCUCCACCAGGUACUAUGGCUGGAGCUUCUCAAGCUUCUUUUUUACUCCCAAAGUACGCAUAUUGCCAGUUCAUGAGACAGGGCCUCCCUUUCCUGCGUUCUUUCCAGGAAAAAGGUCUGGAAUACCUUGGUUUUAUUUUUCGGCAGGGAUUUCCCUGGCUCAGCACAUCCUCCACUCCCAGUAAGAAAUGUCUAUUGACUGAGUGGUUUCCCCAGUCAUCUUGCCCCCAAGAGCUGGAUGUCCCCCACUGUACCCACAUUGUCAAAGUGGAAGUGAGUGUUCUGCAGGUCGAUUCCACCUUGAAAUGAUCCAGCUACUGAACUUCUAAAACCAAGAGAAGAAACCUGGCAACAUUAGGAUCUUCUUCCAAAGUCCUUCAGAAUGCUCUCUUGUUUUCAAUUUAAAUUCCUGCUAUUACUUACUCAUUAUUCUUUACCUUAAAUUGAAGAUUAAUAGAAUUAUAAUUCUCAGUAUAGUAUUGUAUAGAUGAUUUAACUAUGAAUCCUAUUAUUUUAUUUCCAUUCUAUUUUAUUUAGGUGGUAUAUUUUAUUUUCAUUUAAAUCUAGAUAGUAUAAACAUGUUAAUUUUAUUGUUUAAUCUACUAUUACAUAAACAGUGACUGGAGUUUGAUGUAUGUAACUUGCACUGGGGAUAUUUUAAACCCCAGCAGCUUUGCCUUCAUGCCAAGUAUUGUAUUUACUAUAAUCGAACACCAGAGAGGAGGGAAGAUCUCCUUUGAAAAUAUUUUUGACUUCUGUCUCAGUUUCAGUUUAAAUUACUACUGCUUUUAGUCACUACAUUUUACCUCAAAAAAAAUUUUUUUUAAACUUCACUUCAAAAUAAAACCUAAUAGAAUUAUAAUUGUCAAGAUGCUAUUUUAUAAAUUUAUGAUUUAAAUGAAAAUCUUUUUGCAUGUGCUGAAGCAAACGAGUAUGAAUAAAGUCAUGAUAGUGUAAAUUCUUUCUAAAAAAUAUGAAUCUGUUUACUUCAAUUCUAUUUUAUUUUCAUUUAAUUCUAGAUAGUAUCACUAGUUUAAUUUGCUUAUUUAAUCCACUAUUGCAGAAAUAAUAAUUGGAGUCUUAUGGAUGUAAUCUUGCAGUGGGGAUUCUUUAAACUCCAAAGUCUGUGUCUUUAUUCAAAAAAAUGUGUUUACUCUAUUGUAUUGUGUUUCCAAUGUGAAAGUGAUGUCUCUUUUUAAGGUAUUUUGACUCUCUUAUUUUCAGUUUAAAUUCACUACUGCUAUUUGGUCAUUAUACUUUAUGUGAAAUUGAAGCUUAAUUGAAU